GUUGAUAUUAGUGUACGAAACUAUGACUUUGAAAUACGAGAUAAAAAAAAAAAGAAGCAGUCAUUCCGCAGUUUCGUAUUCGAACACUUCGUGUUGUUUGUUCCGUUGGUUGUCUUUAUUUCCCAGUGACCCUUAAAAAUAAGUCACUCUGUCGAAACGACAGAAUUCUACCGACAUCCACAGGUUUUCUAAUGAAGAUAUGACAAGCGUGAAGGAGAGGAAGUAUGAGUGCAGCCGUUGUAAAGAGAGGUUCUUCACACAACACUUCAUGCAGUCACACAUCCAGCGUGUCCAUAAAGAUAUUCGGCAGUAUCAUUGUGAGGUUUGUGGCCAGCGUUUCAAACUGGUCAGCUCUCUCUCUGUUCACAAAGACAUUGCUCACAAGAGCAACAAGAAAAGUAAUCCAGGCACGACCACCACCACCACCAACAACAAGGACCAUGGGGAAUUGAGUGCUGCUUCUGAAGGCAAUUCAGCCACAUCAUCGCAGAGUGACGGAACCAACAGUAAUGACAAUGGUGAUGACGCAGAAAAACGGAAGAAGCUUAUAAUGGAAUCUAUAUUUUCGAAACAUAUAGAUGGAGUGAAGUACUGGAUUUGUAAAGUGUGCAGCAUUACGAGAGUGCAGCUGUCCUUACUGAUACCCCAUGUGGAAAAGCACUUGGGCCUCACUGAACGAAAGCACAAGUGCAGUGAAUGCGAGAAGAAAUUCCAAACAGUAAGAUGUUUAAACUACCACAUGUUGGUCCACAAUGAUACAGUGGAGCCUUUUAAAUGUAAAUACUGUUCAAUGACUUUUCGUUUGCCAACGCAAUUCGCGAGGCACAUGGACAAACACUUUGGGCAUAGUCGAUGUUGUUGUCUCCAGUGUGGGUUGUUUAUUAGCAACUUGUCACUGCUUAAGGAACACACGAUUAGAGCUCAUGCAUUCUGAUAAUGAUGAUGAUGAUAAUAACAACAAUCCUUUCUUCAAUAGGUUCAAGGCUUGAAACAUUUUGGGGUUGAGGGUGAGUUGAUUACAUUGACCUCAGAGUUCAACUCUUUACUCUUUUACUUGUUUCACUCAUUUGACUGCGGCCAUGCUGAAGCACCGCCGCUAAUCGACCAAAUCGACCCCGGGACUUA